GCGACGACCAUGAAUGACCCUGGGCUUAUUGAUAUCCUCGUCGCUAUGUCAAUUGGUGCUUUUUCUGAAUGGCGAAAGCUGCCAAUAAGUUUGACUGAGCUCUGCAUCAAUACCACUCUCCGCUGUGGACAAUCAUUUCGAUGGCAGAAGUCCGGAGACAACGAAUGGAGCUGCGCCCUUUACGGUCGCAUUGUGACUCUGCGACAGGACCCCACCCAUCUCCAUUAUCGGUCAUAUUUUCCCCCAGCUCCACCUGCAUUACCGACUCCCGCAUCAUCCGUACCGGCAUCUAGAAGAGAAGCAUCUUGUGAGAAGGUUGAUGAUACAGAAGCAUUGAUCAACAACUACUUCAACUUGGACUUGAAUCUUACGGGCCUGUAUGAACAAUGGUCGACUGCAGAUCAAAAUUUCAAGAAGAAAGCUCCCCAGUUCACUGGUAUCCGUAUCUUACGACAGGAUGCUUGGGAGGCGCUUAUUUCGUUUAUCUGCAGUAGCAAUAACAAUAUAGCGCGAAUCUCACAGAUGGUAGAAAAACUAUGCUUGAACUAUGGACCACUAAUCGGAUACAUAGACAAGAAACCGUAUCAUGAUUUCCCACCUCCAAAUGCACUGGUAGGUCGCGAUGUGGAAUCUCGUCUCCGCGAGCUUGGAUUCGGAUAUCGGGCAAAGUAUAUCUACCAAACUGCGCUCAUUGUCGCCAAUCGUGAGGAGGGUUGGUUAAAUUCUCUCCGCAACCCUGAGUCUCCGUCGUUUGGCGCAAACCCGGCGCCUGCAGGAGAAAUGACAGAAGGGGGUAGAGAUGGCUAUCGAAAAGCUCAUGAAUUGCUCCUUGAGCUUCAGGGGGUUGGCCCAAAAGUCGCAGAUUGUGCAUGCCUUAUGGGUUUGGGAUGGGGAGAGGCCGUCCCAGUUGAUACUCACGUGUGGCAAAUUGCACAGCGUGAUUAUAAGUUUGGUAAAGGAAAGCAUAAAAGCUUAACCAAAGCUACAUACGAUGCUGUGGGCAAUCAUUUUCGCAACCUCUGGGGGAAAGAGGCUGGCUGGGCCCAUAGCGUCUUAUUCACGGCAGAUUUGAAAACGUUUUCGGAACGCCUAGUACCCAAGGUUGGAGUUGAUAUGAAAAAUGUCACAAAGGAGCACGGCAUAAAGACAGAGACGACAUCGCAUAUUUCAGUAAAGAGAGAAAUAUCUCACGAGUUUGAGGAAACAAAAGUACAGCUUGAAGAGGUGGAAACUGAAUUAAAAUCUGUUACGAAGAAACGACGAACCCGACGGGGCCGAUGAAUCUUCUUGCCAAUGGAAACUAGGAUAGCCUAUUUAUCCUUCAGCCUCAAAACUUGGCCUGACAUAUUAGACUACCCAAUAUCCCCCCAGUUUCAGUGAGCUCUGAGUACAGCCGCUGUUCCGUAUUUGUGCCUCGACACAUCACGUUUCGACGACGAAGUUCAACUAGAACGCGGGUGGAAAUAUUCACACCCAAAUCUAUCCACUACCACUCAGAUACGAUGUCACGCUCCUAGACGCUUCAGAGCGUGUUGCAUCUAGGAAUUAUCCCACAGUUAAACAAGUUGAGUAUCCCCAAUAGUAUGUAGCAUCUUGCCUAGGCACUCUGAAGAGGAAGAUUAACACUGCUGGCUCUUUAAGCACUUUUCAUGACCGCUGUAGUUGAACAUGGUUUGACGAAGCUGGAUAAAAUGAAACCACCAAGAAGUCAUAGGUUAGCCGUGAUGUUCAAUCAUCUGACCAGGUAGUGAUGCUGGCCAUUUUAUUCGGCUUUAGGUUAUUCAAUAAUGAAGAUGAAGUAGGUAGUCAUUUUUGCUUUAUAGGGGCUGUAUUUACGGCAGCAAUGGAGUAACAAGUGGGCGCAAGAAUAGAUAUAGUUCGAGAAAGAAAGGCUAUAGUACAUAUCAUCACCUGAAAUAAGAAAUGUGAAUGAACCGUGUGCUCUCAAUUGUUCAGUGUCCUCAUCGGACACAUUAGGCAGAAUAGCUUCGGCAGUCAAUUUUGUAUUAGAGUGUAAAAAACUCACGACAGUGGGACCCGUCGGGGACUAUGCUUGGUUUACCAACGGAAAAUGAGAGCGUGUAGUGCAAUUAAUCAGAAAUAUUGUACAAAUCCGCAACGAGCCCCGAACUACUUCUGUAAAAUAACAUGACAUUGUUCCUAUAUGGAAGUUUGUUCUAGCUUAUUCGCUCUGGACAAGCCUAAAAGAGAUACAUCGAACGAUUGCUGUUGCGGAUGCGGCUGCUGCGGUGGGUAAUAUUUGUGUGUUGGCGGGAUGGGUUCCCAGUCCAUUUGAUUUGGGCUAUGCGGGGGUUGGAGCGUUUCGAGAUACUGGUUGAGAAGAUUGAGUUCCUCCGUGACAAUUCUUUUGCGUUGGAGGAGAACGCUGUACACGUGUGGAGGUAGGUGGCGAUUGACCAUUUGUAAAUGGUCG